UUCCUAUGCAUCCUUCCUCCCAUGAACGAACUUAAUUUUUUUUAACAAAUACCUUUAUUUCUUUCUCUAAAACACUGCGAGAUACAUAACUCUCACAGUUAUAAAGUGCAUCUGUCAAAAUUCAACCUGGUCAACCCAUAAGAAUAACUAUUUAUAAAAGAGUGUGUUUCGUAAGAGUAACAUGGGACGGUACAGUUCAAGUGUUGAGCAGGGGAUGUGAAUCACAACACCUCGGCAUUCAUGGCAUUGUCUCAGCUUUCAUUUUUCAACGCUUACAGUCGGCAUACUUCAUCUGUCCAACAUGUAGCAUUUGAAAAGAUUAUUCCAAUCAAGAGGAAAAUAUUUCAGAAGUUCAUUGUUAAAUCGAGUCUGGAUGCAACAUUUCCCAAAUCAAAGCAAAAGAUAGUAUUGGAUGAUGACAAUAUGCCUCACAAGUGGUACAAUUUAAUUGCUGACCUUUCUGAGCCACCCCCACCAGCAUUAAAUCCAUUAACCCAUGAACCACUUAAACCUGAAGAUUUAAUCCCUCUCUUUACAGAAGAACUGAUCAUGCAAGAAACCUCUCAAGAGAGAUAUAUUGACAUCCCACACGAAGUCCUUCAGGUGUACAAACAUUGGCGACCCACACCUCUUUUCAGAGCAGGCCGACUGGAGAAGAUGCUUGGAACACCUGCAAGGAUUUACUAUAAAUAUGAGGGUGUUAGCUCCGCAGGUUCACACAAGCCAAACACGGCUGUUCCUCAGGCUUGGUACAAUGCCAAGGCAGGUGUCAAGAAAUUAGUAACAGAAACAGGUGCUGGUCAAUGGGGCAGUGCAUUAGCUUUUGCCUGCAGUUUAUUUUCUCUCCAGUGUGAGGUGUGGCAAGUUCGUGCUUCCUAUGAUCAGAAGCCUUACCGUAAAAUCAUGAUGGAAACAUGGGGAGCUAAAGUCCAUCCAUCUCCCUCUGACUUGACAAAAGUAGGCCGCAUAAUUCUUGACAAGGAUCCAAACAGUCCUGGUAGUUUGGGUAUUGCAGUUUCAGAGGCAGUGGAGAUGGCAUUAGGGGAUGCUGGCACAAAGUAUUCCUUGGGUAGUGUACUUAAUCAUGUUCUUAUGCAUCAGACCAUAAUUGGUGAGGAAUGUAUAAAACAAAUGGAAAUUUUUGGAGAAAAGCCAGACAUUAUAAUAGGCUGCACAGGUGGUGGAUCAAAUUUUGCUGGGCUUGCUUUUCCAUUUAUUCGUGAGAAACUGGCUGGAAAUAUGAACCCUGCUAUAACAGCUGUUGAACCAGCUGCAUGUCCUUCUCUUACAAGGGGCAUUUAUGGCUAUGAUUAUGCUGAUACAGCAGGAAUGACACCGCUUUUAAAAAUGCAUUCACUUGGACAUGAUUUUAUUCCAGAUCCCAUCCAUGCAGGGGGCUUACGAUACCAUGGCAUGGCACCUUUGGUAUCACAUGUUUAUAACCUAGGUUUGAUGGAAGCAAUUGCAAUACCUCAAAUUGAAUGUUUUCAAGGUAUGCAUUCAAGCCAGACUUGUCACUUAAAUUUUAUCUACUAUUUGUAA